AUGAUGAAGCACAGCAUCAAGGGGCUGUACUGCUUCAUCGACGAGAUCCGGAACUGCAAGUGCCUGGAGGACGAGGAGAAAACGGUGUUGCAGGAAAUAAUAAAAAUAAAGAAAAAGUUCAACGAGAAGAAUAUUAGCAACUAUAAGAGGAAGAAGUACAUAUGGAAGCUGAUCUACUGUCACAUAUUAGGGUACGGCAUUUCGCUGUCCUACCUAGACAUAAUAAAAUUAAUGAGCAGCACCAACUUCAGUGACAAAUAUUGCGGCUACACAGCCCUCUCCCUGCUGGUUAGCGAAAACAACGAAAUGCUUCACAUGAUGAUUAGCACAAUUAAGCUGGACCUCAAAAGCAAUGACGAGAAGGUGAAUUUUCUGGCGCUGCAUUUUGCUAGCCAAAAAAUCAAUGACCUGCUUAUUGAAAAUAUGUAUGAAGAUAUACUUCACAUAGUCACGUCGAAUUAUAUCUACAAGCCGAAUAUUAGGAAGAAGGCCUUCCUCUGUUUAGCCAACAUUUACAAAAAGAGACACGACCUCUUACUGAAGAAUAAAACCGAGUUGGAGAUUUUCAAAUUUCUAGACCAGAAUCUUAACGAAGUAAAUAUGUUUAACGUUUUUGCUUAUCUCAAUUUGAUUUAUGUGAUCAUUUUGGUUUUCCAAAAAUAUGAGGCCAUGCAAAACUACCAGGAGAGGCAAAAGAGGAGGAAGAAAAAGCACCCCAAAAAAAGUGGUGACGAUGAUAACGUGGAUGGUAACGACGAUGAUGACGACAAUGACAAUAGUUAUGACAAUAGUGAUGAAAAUAGUGAUGAAAAUAGUGAUGACUAUAGUGAUGAUGUGGCGGGUGGCAACCGACGAGAGGAACACCCAAUCAAACGGGAAGACCUCAAAGUGGACCCCACCAACUCCACCAGUUUCAGCAACAAACGAAUCAUCUCCCUAAAUAUAAAGGACGAGGUGAAGCGGAUGGGCUACCACAAACACAGCAACUCCUCCCUCUCGAACGAACAGAGCUUUCUCUACAAUGACUUGAAGAAGGUAGACAAGAUCAUGGAAAUCGACUCACAGUGCAGUUUAAACUUGGACGAAAUAAAUUUCAUUGAAAUAAGGAAGUACGUAAAUAAAUAUAUCCACUUCAUCCUGAACGUGCUAUACCUCAUUUUGGACGAAAAUUUAAAAAUCGACGAAGGGUUCUACUACAGCCAGUUUAGGUACCCCUUCCUGCUCAUCAAGUGUCUGCAAAUGGUGCAGCUGUACGAUCUGCACGGCUUGUCCCAAAACACCAUAAACAAUAUUAACGAUAUUCUACACAAGAUAGUUAGUAAGCCGUUUAAGAAGCUGCAGGGGAAGGUAAGCUUCGAAACGGGGAAAACUAAAAAUGGGCGCUCUGUCCUACAAAACCUGUCCAGCUCACACAACAUGAGUGCGAACGAUCGUGGCGUUUCCCAUGUGGAUAGGAGGAACAUCUUCCGGAAGAGCUUCUCCAAAAACAGCUUCUACAUGGGGAUGAAAAAAUCCAAGGAGGAGUUAAGAAAUGAGAAAAGUACCACCUACAUAGAAUACGCCAUCAUCUACGAAUGUUGCAAUGUGUACAAUUUUUUGGGUAAUAAAAUUGAAGACCGAAAUAGGGAUAUCAUUCUGUGCCUUAUUACAAACUCCUUCGACUCAAAAAAGUCCAACAUAAAUUAUGUCAUACUGAACAGCUUGGCAAAGCUAAAAAUGAACAACAAAAUAUACAGCCUGUUGGAAAACCACAUCAUGCACCUGAUCAAUCUGCUAAACAAUGACGACAUAACAAUAAAACUGCAAACCUUUAACAUCCUUUUCAACCUGUGCAACAACACUAAUUGGAAGCUUCUCAUAAAUGUGUUUCUUCACCAUUUACCAUACAUCGAUCCGUACAUACAAAAUGAGGUCAUCAUAAAAAUAUCAAUCCUUGCAGAAAAUUUCUCACCAGACUUGUCCUGGUAUAUUGACGUUAUAUUCAAACUGAUUGAAAUUACUUAUAGAUCCAUCUUCCCUGAGGUGUGGUUUCGCCUUGUCCAAAUUGUUACUGGCUUUGUCGAAGGGGCAGACAAAUCGGACAAAGCGGCAGACAAAACAGACAAAGCAACCAACACGGCCAAAAAGGAAAGUAUCCCAUCUGAUAACAGCAAAGUUAAGGAGGAACAGAAGGUACAGACCUACGCUGCCAUGAAAUGUUACAAAUAUUUAGCCGAUAAGUAUACAAAAAUUGAGCUUCUCAUCGAUUUGUGUUCCUACAUUAUUGGCUCCUUUGGCCACCUCAUAAAGGAAAAAGUACCCAUGAGUAACCAGCUCAAAGUUCUAGAAACGUACUUCACCCUCGGGUCAUCCAACACGAAAUGUGUCAUCCUCAUGGCCAUCAUGAAAAUGGUCUUCUACGAUAGUAAACUCAUGUCUCCGGUGAAGAAAAUUCUCACCAACUGUAUCACACACACAGACCUGGAACUGCAAACCAGGGCCUGCGAGUUCCUGAACCUCUGCAACUUGAACAACCCCAGCGUCCUCAGCUACCUGCUGAAGGGCAUGCCACUUUAUCACACGAAGAAGGUGCACGAGAAUUUCCUCAUCAAGCGCCUCCUGGAGAAGAACAAGCACGCUGUGAUCGACUUCAACGAAAAGGACAACUCCCUCAAAUACGAAAAACACCAGGAGAAAGCCAAGUCGGGCAGCAGACACGAACAGAACUACAAGGACGACAACAGCCCCAGCGACGACAGCCGCAACAAGGGUUCGUCUUCCACCUCCUCCGAUGGAAGUUACAACGUCAAAGUUAGAAGAAAAAUGAGCAACGUGUCAGCAGCCUCAUCCGGAAAUUCAAAAAAAUCCACAUCCACCUUGUCUACACACAAAACGAAAAACUCAAGUGAGGACCACACGGAUGAUAACGCCAAGCUCUUUAAGUCGCUCUGCUUACAGAAGGCAAACAACAUUAACGACCUUUGGUUCAAUGCUUGCCUUUUGGACAAGUCCCUUUUUUUUAAGAACACCGUUUUAUCCAUCCUUAUAAAACAAAAGUACCAGGAGAAUAAGGCCAUCCUCACCUUUUACGUGAAAAAUAUAUCCAAGACGAUGGUGAAUUUGGCGAGCAUCCGCAUUGAGGACUGCGAACAUAUGAACAUAAAGGAAGCCAAAAUUGUGAUGAACGAAAAAAUAGACCCGGACGAUGUAUACGUCCAUAAAAUUAUAAUUACCAUUUCGGACAUUUUUUACAAUAUCCCCAGUAUUUACUUCAACGUCCUGACCCCCAACUCGGCGAACGCGAGUCUGUCUUCCAAGCUGCCCAUCCUGAUAACGCGCUUCAUCAAGGAGAACAAAAUGAACGAGGCGACUUUCAAGAUUUACUGGAAGGCCCUUACGCAGGUCCACAACGAGGACAUCAUAAUGGGCGUCCCAAAAUUUUCCAAAAAGUACUUUUUCAACUAUCUGAUCAACGCGUUUAACUUUUACAUUUUGAAGAUCGGCUCGCUCAUCUGUGCCUCCGGCUACAUACACUUCCCCGUCUCGGACAGCGAAAACAAAAUUUUAAUUCUCGUGAAGAUUCGGCACGAGAUGAAAGGGUGCCAGAUCUCAGUCGUGUCCAGCAUCAAGCACUUGAACAACUACCUGAACAAAAUAUUUGAAAUUUAUCUUAUAAAGAAUAAAUAG